AGGUGUUUUGAAGACUUCGCGGGAGACAUCCUGAAAUAACGCGAUUUGCAGCGGCGGCGCGCGCGCAGGGAGCGCGGCGCUGCCGUCGCCCGCGCUUAUCCGACGCCAUUUUCACACACGCACCGAGCUUUCCCGUAGACAGAUCACCAAGCAUCCCCCGCAGCGGCAGCGCGGCAAGACACGAGUCGUGUCUCAAGCUGCGGCGCUCUACGCACGUGCUCGCCCGUGUGAACGUGCACUUACAUCAAACUUAAUCGUACCUAAAUAUUCAAAUGACUCUAAUUCAAAACCCAAGUGAAGCAAGAGGCGAAACAAUGGAGGGAUCCCCGGCCAAAGAGGACAGCGCCAAGUCCUUGAGGCCCGUGAGAAACAGACGAUACACACGAAGGAGUCUAGUUGCAGGCCAGCGGCCUCAGAAAAGGUUAUUCACGCCAGAAAUAAAGCGGUAUUUAAAGGAUUGGCUAGUGCGUCGAAGAGACAAUCCCUAUCCUAAUCGAGAGGAAAAGAAAUACCUGGCGGAUGAAACAGGCCUUACCUACAUUCAGAUUUGCAACUGGUUCGCCAACUGGCGACGCAAACUGAAAAACGUCAACGCAGAUCGAAACCAGCAAACGUGGGGCCACCUCAUCCGCACAUACAACGACCGCGCUCAGGGCAACGUGGAGCAGUUCAGCAUCAGCUCCGACGACAGCAUCUGGAGCGAGCCAGAGCCCACCAGCUCCAACUACGAGUCGCUAGACUUCGAAACUGAGCACGACAGCCCGGAACCACACUACCAAGAGGACUCUGACUCCUCCAUAAAUUCUAAAGAGAAAUGCGAAUUUUUCAACAACAACUCCUACAGCGAGCAGCAAGAAUGUCUCAGCGAAUCGAAGAAAAUCUCGAGUCCGUUACUCCUGAGCAAGUGGUUGGAGAGCGCAGCGAGGUUUCAGCCUAGUGAGAUGAACUACUCGUGGUGGGCGGACGGGAAGCGGCGGCGGGUCGAGGCGCGCCCGCAGCGGGUCGUCAACACCACGUCGAGGCACGACCGGGACGAGGUGGAGGCGGCGGUUGCCCUCACGGCCCUUGCUAGCGCCACCACGUGCCUCAUUGCCCCGUAGAACGUUCGUACUUACCACAACCCAUUUAUGUGAUUUUCUUUACUCCACAUAAUGCAUUGAUAUGUGCUACUUGAUUGAUUUAAUAUCCUGCCAUAAUUCUUGCAUAAUACGUCACCUUGCCACACGAGCUCUUUCAGAAUGAAAUUAUAGGAUUAGAAGGGUAUUUUAGAUUAAUCUUAUACGCAUUUUUUGAAACCAUUACCGCCUCAAAAAACCUCGUACAACAAGCAGAUACCUUUUUCUUCAGACAAUUAUUUUUUUUGGUAAGUAAGUACUAAUAAAUUAUAUUUAAGACGGUUAUUACACUGGCGCCGCAACUGGACGCGGCGACGUCGCGCAAGGGAGACAGCACUCGGUUGCGGCCCCAGGCCCAACGAAUUUGACGCAAUGAUUUUAACUUCCCUUGCCUAAUUUGUUGUUACUUAUGCCUAUAAAGUAUCACGGAAUUCAAGGUUAUUUCCUAAAUCAGAUCAGGGUAGAUAUUGUAUUAGUAAUUCGGAUGUUUCUUUAGAAAGGGCGCCGAUUCCCUAAAAUUGUACGUAGUUUAAUUAAGACUAAUAAUUUAGCUUCCGUCAAUAACUUCUUGAGCGUUUAGGGUCAAAGCUAAUUAUGUGGUCAAUACUUCCACUAAGCAAAUGACCAAUGUAAAUUAAACCCUAAAUGACUCAGUUAAACUCCGCAACACCACUCCACUCCACGAUACAGAUUUUUGAUCUAACAAAUUUUUAUCCUUCUUGACUGGACUGUACUUUUAUCGAUUAGUACCUAUUGAUGUGAUCGCAAGUGUUUCGUUCGUCUAUUCAAGUUCUUCAGUGACUACUGUAUUCAAACAUAUUUAUUAGUUUAGACUUUUAUUAUAAGAAUGUUACGAUUUUAAAGGUGUGUGAUAUAUUUAAGUAAUUACUAUAAAUAUUGUUGAAUUCACAAAAUGACUCAAAGUUUGGAAAUCUUUAUCAAUAUCGGUGAAAGUGUACUAGUAAUCCAUGACAAAUAAUUCAUGACUAGGUACUUAUAUCUAAAUUUAUGUGCCAUUUUAAAUAAGUUUUGCUCAACUUAUCUUUAAUAUUUAAGUAGCCUGAGUGACUGCCUAUUGCCUUAAUGUUAUAUAUGGGUAGAUUAGGUCAUUUUUGUUGUUUAAUUGAUCUCUUUUAGAUUAGACCUUAAGAUUUACUGUAAAUUUAACACCUGCCAAAGAUUGCGUUUAAAGUUCCACAUUUAUUAUUAAAAUAAUAAAUUUAAUGUGACAGA